ACUUGGAUCCCAUCAUCCCUUUGCCUUUUUCCAAUUCCUCUCCCUAUUUAAAAUCAUUUCAGCAUCUGAUUCAACUGGGAGAAAAGGAAACCCAAAAAAAAAAAAAAAACCCAGAUUUAGAGAAAAAAUUAAGUGUUGAAAAAAACACACACAACACACACUAAAGAGAAAUAUGGAAGCUGCUCUUGAGUUGGAUGAUGAUGUCUUCUUCAAAGACUUGAGCAAGCAAAUCUCUCUCCUCAUCAUGGAUGAUGAUGAUGAUCAACAAUACUCACUAUCUCACUCUCCACCACUCAUCAAUCUUCAGGCUUUCACUCAAGCGAGCAAUCCAGCAACACAAGCUGCAUCGUUUUUCAGCUAUGAUCAACACCAGAGCAGCAAGAGGGAGAGCAAAGGCACCGGCGUUUUCAUCCCUCGUUCGACGUCGAAUCCGAGACGAAAGAGUGGUUUGAGGCAAGCAAGAUUCAUGGCCUCUGGGAACAAGAUGCAGAAUCAUGCCUCAAGAGGGCCUCAUGAUGCCUUCAUCAAUCCUUCAUAUGAUCAUUCAUUCAAUUUUAGAAGAUUUUGAUCUUGGUUAAUGUUUAUAUGUAUUGGUGUUUCAAGAAAUCAUGAUGUGUGAUUCGAAUAAAGGAGAGGCUGAGGAAUUUGUUGAUAGAUUAAGAUGCAUAUUAAUUUGUUUGAGAGAGUUUGCAAGAAGUGUUUGUGACUCUCUUGCUAAGAAAGUGUAUUAAUUAUUCUUCUCUAUUUUAGGGUGUUAUGAAUUAAUUAUAUAUAGUGUAUAAUAGUAUUUUAGUGUAAA